AGUACCUAGUCAUCUUGCUGGUAUGUCGUUCCAGCGCGUUGGCUGUGAAUUGGAGGAAGUUCCAAUUAUCUCGUUGCUGCCUGCAAAGCACGAAGCCGACACGUCCGCACACGUCGUCCGAAAGUGCUUUCCGUAAUGUUUUGUCUUCAACACAACACAGCAUUCAUUUCCAACACAUCGCGCUUCAAUCCUGCACUCCAACUUCAACAUGGCGGGAAAAGAGGCGACUGUCUAUAUCGUGGAUCUCGGUGAAUCCAUGGGUGAAAAGCACAAUGGUCGAGAAAUCACUGAUCUAGACUGGGCUUUGACAUACAUCUGGGACAAAAUCACUACGACUGUGGCCACUGAACGCAAAACAGCAAUGCUUGCGGUCGUGGGACUGCGAACAGAUGGUUGCUUGAAUGCGCUGGAUAAUUCUGACGAAGAUGCUUAUCAGCAUAUCACUGUUUUCAAAGAACUCGGACAAGCACUGAUGCCAGACAUACGCCGCCUCAAACAGCAGCUUGUCCCCAGCAGCACGGAUGUCGGUGACGCAAUUUCGGCAUUAGUUGUGGCCAUCCACAUGAUCGAGACUGUCACUCGCAAGCUGGCCUAUACACGCAAGAUUGUCCUGGUCACGAACGGUAAUGGUAGUAUCGAUACUGACGGCCUUGACCUCAUCACCUCAAAGUGCAAGGAGGACGGUAUUGAACUGGUCAUUCUUGGAGUCGACUUCGACGAUGCAGAGUACGGAUUCAAGGAGGAAAACAAGGAUCCUACAAAGGCUGAGAAUGAGAAAAUCUUGAAAGAACUAGCUGAAGAAUGCAAUGGCUUGUACGGGACACUCGGCUUUGCCAUCGACGAGAUGGUGAUUCCUCGUAUGAAGACGGUGCGACCUGUACAUUCGUACAAAGGGUACCUCACCCUGGGUGAUAUGGAAAACUACGACUCGGCCAUGGCAAUCGAUGUCGAGCGAUACCCUCGAGUGAUGAUAGCAAAGGCACCGUCGGCCAGUCAAUUUGUCGUCAGACCGAACAUGGCAGCAGGAGAAACACAAUCUCAAUUCGCUCCUCCCGAUGAUCAGCCCAAGCAAGGCGACCUUGCUGCUGUCAAAAACACGCGCACCUACCAGGUUCCAGACGAGGAGGCACCCGGCGGUAAACGCGAACUCGAACAAGAAGAACUGGCAAGAGGCUUCAGUUACGGAAGCACAGUGGUACCAAUUGAGGAGUCUGACAAGAACGUGACGGAUUUCGAAAGCAAACAAGGCAUGGACAUCAUUGGCUUUGUUGUCAAGAAUCAGUACGAGAGAUAUCUGGACAUGUCGAAAUCGCACGUCAUCAUUGCUGAAAGAACAAACGAAAAGGCCAUCAUGGCAUUGUCGUCCUUCAUCCGUGCUCUUUACGAGCUAGAGACAUACGCCGUGGCCAGACUGGUGCCCAAACAGGGCAAGAGUCCUACGAUGGUUCUACUUGCGCCAUCUGUUGACGCUGAUGCCGAGUGUCUCUUCGAGGUCGAGUUGCCCUUUGCAGAAGACUUGCGCUCAUACAGAUUCCCUGCUCUGGACAAGAUUGUCACCGUCUCUGGCAAAGAACUCAAGCAGCACAGAUUCCUUCCCAGCGAUGAUCUGAUGGAUGCUAUGAGCGACUAUGUGGACGCCAUGGACUUGUCUAAGUUCGGCGAAGACGAAGAAGGCAAUCCUUCCGAAUACGCCCCUAUCGAAGACACUUUUUCGCCUGCACUAAACCGCGUCAGUCAUGUCAUCAGAAGCCGAGCGAUCCACCCCGACGAAAAACUACCUCCCAUUUCUGAAAUCCUGAUCAAAUACUCCAAACCGCCACAAGAGUUGGUGGAAGGCGCAACCGCUUCUCUCAAGGCAAUCACAGCAGCAGCAGACGUGAAGAAAGUACCGCCAAAGUCGAAAUCAAAGAGAGGCCGCCGCGAUGCACCAAAGCCACUCUCCGGACUCGACGUCACCGCCCUGCUCUCGAACCCAUCCGGCACCAUAAAACUCUCACCCCAAAACGCCGUUCCCGAAUUCAGACAAGUGCUCGACGGAGGCAAACUCGAAGAAGCCGAACCCGCCUUCCAACAACUCGGCAAGAUCAUCCGCGACUUUAUCAAAAACUCCGUUGGAGGAAGCGGGUAUGCUCGAGCUUUGGAAGCCAUGAGAGUGAUGCGCGAGGAAGCUUCAGAUCUGGAGAUUCCCGACGCGUACAACGACUUUGUAAGAAACUUGAAGACGGCCAUCUUGAAGGAAGAGUUGAAUGGGGAUAGGAAGGACAUGUGGUUUAUGAUCAGAGCGAACAGGAUGGGCUUGAUUCAGAGUAAGGAGUGUGGCUCGAGUGAGAUUGGAGAGGAUGAGGCAAAGGAGUUUCUGACGGUCAGAUUGAGCGUGUAG